AUGCACAGGAGCGCGGCGACCGCCACCGCCGGCGCCCUGCACGGGCCCGGCGCCCCCCUGCGCACCACACACCCCGAUCGCCGAUCCCAAAGACGAACCUUGUGCGGACGACCGCGAGGGGAACCCACCGGCGUCCGUCCGGCGUCGUCGCGGAACGUCGAGGCAUCGGUCGACGAGUCGACGAGUCUGGCAGUGCCCGAGACGGAGAUGCCGUCCCUGCGGGAGCGCUUCGCGAUGGCGGACAUCGAUGGCAACGGGCUGAUCGACGAGGAGGAGCUGCGGGCGCUGCUGGAGUCCGCGGAGGGCGGCCGGUCCUACCUGCUGGACCACUGGCUACCGGAGUCGGCGCUGAGGGACGCCAUAGCGCUGUACGACACGGACGGCAGCGGCGACAUCGACUUCGACGAAUUCGUGGCGAUCGUGGCCGACGACCGGCUGCUCAAGGGCCGGGUCACGGACUACGAAGAGGCCUUCCGGGCGAUGGACGCCUCCGGGAGGGGGGCCAUCGGGAUGCCCGAGCUGUCGCGGCUGCUGGCUAGCCUGGGGCAGGGCAUGAGCGAGGAGCGCAUAGCCGCCACGUUCCGCAAGUACGACGUGGACGCCUCGGGAACGAUCGAGUUCGACGAGUUCCUGCUGAUGUUCCACGACAAGCUGCUGGACCUGAGGCAGGUGCUGGACUACAUACGGCUGGCGCCGGAGGCCAGCUCUCCGGGCGCCGGCUUUGGGGCGCCGUCGGCGGAGGUUGCCGCGGGUGAAGUGCGGGAGAUCGAGAGCGAGGAGGAGCUGGACGCCGUGCUGGCGUCCGCUCCAGGGCUGGUGGUCCUGUUCGCGGGGCUGGCGUGGUGCAGGCCCUGCAAGGCCGCCGUCAAGCCGUACAAGAAGCUGGCGGAGCGGUACAGGGCGGCCACUUUUCUCAAGGUACUGGGCAACCUCAAUGCCAGCACCAAAAGCUUGAUGAGGGACCGCCUGGGUGUGGCGGCCACACCUGCUUUUUACUUCUUCCGGAAUGGAGAGGUAGUUGACUCCCACACAGGUGCAAGCAGGCAGAAGAUGGAGACAGGGGUCAUCAAAAAUCUGAAGCCUGAGGAGCACCCAGCGGAGGGUCCUGUCUUAUUUCAGUUCUGA